ACUGGCGGCAGUUUGAAACCUGAGGUGGCGCUGCUGUAAUUUGUGAUAAUGGCGGCGUUGGCUGCUUUUGCCAAGCUCCCAGCAAUCAACUCUGCCACCGUUUUGUUGGUGGGAACAAAUGAAGAUUUCCAAGAGCAGCUAGCAGAGACAAUGCUUAAGGAAAAAGAAGAUUUUAAAAUAAAUAUCCACUUGACAAGGUCUCUUCCUUUACCUGCAGAGAGAGAUCACAUGCGGCCUCAAAUUAAUCUGAUUGUUUUUAUGAUUAACGUAAAAAGCAAAUACAGUUUUAAGGAUAUUGAAUCUUCACUGCUACAUGUAGAUGCCAACUUUUUCCUUGGAAAAGUGUGCUUUCUGAUCAUAGGUGCAUGUGGAAUGAAUCAAAUCAGUGUGGACGUGGACGCUGCCUUGAAGCUGGCAGAUCGUUACUGCAGCCCUGUUCUAUUCUGUGAACUGGAAUGUGAGGAUAUCAGGAUUUCCACAGCUCGACAGCUGCUCCGGAUGCUGAAAAUAUGUGCUGGUCAUGUGUCAGGAGUUUCUGCACUCUCCUUCAGUUCGUUAAUGGGAAGUUACAAUGAUUACUCCAGUAUCAUGGAAUAAAGUUUUAUAUUUUUCACUUAUCAGUGAUUUCUGGGUGAACUAAAAAUUUCUGUGCUUCUUUUACAAAGAAAUGAUGUCACAUGUCAUUUAUAGUUAAUAAUGAUACUUGUGUGUGUUUCAGAAAUAAAGUUUAAAUAAUAAAUAAUACUGAAUAGAAGACAGGGGCACUAGAAGCGGAGAUUACAUAGCUUCAAAAUAGCCAAAUUGGUCCAAGGACUGAGAACCCACCUUUUGGGCUUUCAAGAUAGGCAUCUUUGUUUAUCCAAUAUGUCUGUAUGGCCUUGUGGGUUUUUUUCCAAUACUCUGUGUUUGGAAACUAAUCAGACAGUCAAAUGGCUAGCGGGUCAACGUGGAAAGGCAGUUAAAUGUAAAUCUAUGUUGUGCUUCCAGAACUAAUUGAUGGGCAAGCUUUUAAUUCCAGAAAUUCAGCUGCAGGUUGGCAACUACAGUUAAGUGGAAGAGUUGCCUCUGAAUUCUAACAUAAGUAUAAAAUAGUAAGUGUCUCUUACAUGCCUGUGCAUUUAUGCUGGUGUCUAGUAGACUCUUAACAACUAUGCUUUGUUGAGUAAAGCAGAGCCUUAAUGACAAUCUGCGCAAAAAGAGGAUGGGUAACUUGACCAGCCCUAGAACAUUAAUGACCUUUUUGAUGGAUAGGCACACACAGUCCAGUCAGAUUGUAAAACACAUCUGUUGUUUGUGCUAGUUAAAAAUAGGUCUCCAGAAUAUAGUACUGACAGCAAAGUAGGUUGUAUCAAUCUAGUAUCAGAGUAUAGGUAGACUGAGCAUGAAGAGACAUGUUAAGUUAAACAUUGAGUAGUUGGGAAGAAGCUGCAAAAUAGCACAGAAGCUCUUUUUACUAUAAUACUCCUGUCCCUUCCCUGAUGGGUUAGUUUUCCUACCCAAGUUCUGAGAUUAAUUAUCCUUAUUAUGGAUACUUUUUGUUCUUGAGAGCAGGACGGUGUGCAACAUAUGCUUACAUAAGUGGUGUGUAUGAAAGGGUAAACAUAUUACUAUACUAUGGUCUUGAUUGUGGAAAAUAUUUGUAGGUUAAAUUAAUCAAUAUGGAAAAUAGAGACUACUUUAUUUAUUACUGCUGUAUUUUGAUAUCACCAUACUUGGUUUGGAGAACAGCUGAAGGGAAGCAAGAACCAUUUCAAAUGUAAUUAAUUUCAUACAUGAUAUACAUCUGCAUAGGUAUAGAGAAAAAUGUAAAUUGUGUGAUCAAGUGGCCCUGAAAUGCAAGAGGCUGCCUGUGCUGUUUCCUUGUAUGUAGCUACCGUAGUGCUUUUUCCUUUGUGAUUUCUUGCAGUUGUCAGUGUAACCACAAGAUGGUAGCAAGACCUUUGUUAAAUACCAAUCAUGCUCAGAAGCUUUAGGGCUAGGCUGCUACUUAUAAAACCACUUUAUGUGUUGGGUAUCUGAUCCAGGAAACAGAAUUCCUAAAUACAGCAUUAAACAGCAGUUUAUAUAAGCAGCAUUAAAUAAAUGUUUAAAGUUACAAUUUCCAUUUUGCUUUUAUUUCACUGCUGGCUUGAAUGGGACAAAAGCCAUGGCAGCUAAUUGGGUUUGGUCAAUUAUCAGUGCUAAUUGGUAAUUUGCUGUUAUCACACUUAUGUCUAAAAGGAAAAUCCCAUCUACUU